AUGAUUGAUCAAGGAAGCCCGGAAGAGUACGAUUUUGUCUUUCUAUGUGAUUCCAACAGAAAAUUCAUCAACACACAGCUGUUAUGUCCUAACAGAACGGUAAAAAUCAUCCCUUGUGGUACUUGCAGUCAAGCAAUUAAAAUUAUGUCUUCACCACGUUUCCAGGUAAACGAAGCGCUUAUAAUAAAUACAGGUGUUAAUGAUGUUGAGCACUUAACGUUAGAUGAGGUUAUUCAGAAGCAGUUAGAGAUGGUAGAUACAGCUAGGAAGGCAUUUCCGGGAAAAAAGAUCAUUGUUUCGAGUGUUACUCCACGAGAUGACGAUUUCGAUGAAGACAUUCGGGCAAUAAACCGAGCAAUCCAAAGCGAAAUUUUAAAUUUCAACGAUGUCAUUUACGCGAACAAUGAUAACCUACGAGACAGAGCCCUGUAUUUUGACCGUAAGCACUUAAAUAGAAAUCGGGGUGUUCGUAAGUUUGCAGCGAACAUAAAAAAGCAAUUAGAAUGGCAAGCGGCGUUGUGGAGAACAAGCCACGCUACCCAUCCUAUCAUAGUGGUGAUCCGCUUCCGAUCCGACCUGACGAUCGUGCUCCAUACCCUCACCCUCGUUAUUCAUCCUACCACAGUGAUGAUCCGCAUCCGAUCCGACCCGAGGAUCGUGCUCCAUAUCCUCAACACCGUUAUGGAAGCUCCGUAAAUCCCCUACUAAGACCAGAAGAUAUGCGGAGAAAACAGGAUGGUAUUGCUACACAACCUAUCGAAGUCAGCAAAGAACACGAAACACAGAAGGAAAUGGAAUCAAUGAUGUCUUUUCCCAGCUAA